GAACGUAGGGCCCACAAGUUGGAUCUAAAUUCGUUUUUUAAAAACACGACAAUCUAAAUUUCUUGUUUUUAAAUUUAGUUUCGUGGGGGCCUAGGCACGGGUUUUACCAAUGAGCUCCAGAUUCGCCGGCUGCCUGCUCUCGCGGAUGUCCGCUCCUCAGCUCCGCGGAUCCAUGGGCAUGGCAAUCAAGUGGCAGCUGCGCUGCUACUGUGAUCCACCUCUCAUGGCCGGCGAUGCCUACAAGUCUGUGAAGGAGCAAAAGGCACUCGCCAUGAAGAAGAAGCAGGCGGCCGACAAGAAGGAGGCGGCCAAGAAGGAUGCCGAACGCGUUAAGUACAAGUUGAGGCAGUGCAUCGAGGUCAAGUCGAAGGCGCUGAGGGCGAAAAUAAAGUGCAUGUCGCCGGAGGAGCAGAAGGCCAUGGGGGAGAUGAUGGACUGCGUGAUGACGGGCGUCAAGAGAGUCUGUCUGAAGGCCGUGAUGCAGAAGUACUGCAGGGAGCAUGAACUCAAGCUUCGCUACGAGCGGCUUAUAAAGGCCAAGAAGAUCGAGAAGUUAAUGAAGGCAUGUCCGGCCAAGAAGAAGGCAGACUCGGCGGAAGAGUGCAAGGAGCCCGGAGGGGAGGAGGCCAUAUGUAAGGAAUCAGAAACGCUUAGGAAAUGCAUAGCAGACACCACCAAGCUCUUAGAAGCCGAGUUGGAGAGAGAGAGUCAGAAGGAGAAAGACAAAUGUAAGGAUAAAUCGGAAGAGGAUAAGGGCGACGCCAAGCCUAAGAAGGCGGAAAGUAAGAAAUCCGCGAAGAAAGCAACAGAUGGGUCUACAAAGAAGGGUAAAGUUGAAACAAAGAAGGUGCAGGGUAAAGAUGAAACAAAGAAGGGUAAAGAUGAUACAAAGAAGGGUAAAGAUGAAACAAAGAUGGAUAAAGAUGAUACAAAGAAGGGUAAAGGUGAUACAAAGAAGGUGGACGUUAAAGAGAAAUCCCCAAAACUUAAGAAUGAAACAAAUAAGGACAAAUCCAAAGAUCCUGCCAAAAAAACCAAAGCUACUGAUAAGCCCAAAAAGGUUUCUAAAGAUAAACCUACAAAGGACGAAAAUAAAGAAACCAAGGAGCAGGAGUGCCCAAAGAAGACAAAGGAGAAACCGAAAUGUCCCAAAGGAGACGCAAAAAAAUCCCCAUACGAGCAGAAGAUGGAAGAGUGCAUAUGUGAAGAAUGGAAGGAUAUAUGCAAAGCCCAGGAGAAGAAAAAGACUGAUGUGGCGUCCAUAGAAGACUGUCUUAAUGCGGAAAUCAAGAAGAGGUGCCGCAAGAUGGUGAUCAAGAUGAUGUGUGCCGACGCCUUUGGAGAGCUGAAAAAGAAGAAUAAGUGCAAGGCAGAAAAAGAAUGUGGAGAAAGCUGCGUUCAAAAGAAGUGGAACGAGGCUUGUCCCACCAUUCAAGAUCUCGCCGAGAAGAAUGACGUAGAUUUCAGCGAAGCCGCUGCAGAAGUGAAGAAAAUGAUCGAGAAGGCCUGCAAAGAGGAAGAACAAAGUAAGGAGUGUCAGAUUAAGGAAAUACAAGAAAAUAUCGAAAAGUGUGCAAUGAAGAAGAAAUGCGCAGAAGCAAGACAGAAAAGCAAGUGCAAUGAAAUAGAGAGAAAGAAAAAGCGAGAAGAGGAGGAGAAAAUUAAGAAAUGUGAGGCGGAAGCAAAAAAGAAAAUAAUAGAAGUUCUAGGGAAAACACAAGAAGAUAUUAAGAAGACCGACUGUGAACUUAAAAAGGAGUGCGGAAAGAAAGAGUGCAAAAGAGAAUCCGAUGAGGAAAUCAGAAGAAAGUGCAUAAAGAAAGCGUAUAAAAAGGUAUGCGAGGUGCGGAAAAAACGCAAAGAACUGAGGCAAAGGGAGCAGAUGUUAAAGAACAGGACCGAAGAAGACAAUUGCGAAGAUGAGCAGCAGAAGAAAUGCAGAGAACAAGAAGAGAAGAAUAAAUGCGAAGAGGAGGAGAACAAGAUAAAAUGCGAAGACAAAGAGAUAGAAGAGAAAUGCGAAAAGGAACUCCAAAAGAUAAAAUGCGCCGAAGAAGCCGAAAAGAAGAAAUGCAAGAAACUAAAAAAGAAACUGAAAACGCUAAAGAAACAAGAAAAAGAACUAAACUGUAAACUAAAAGAGCUGAAGAAUAAGGAAGAACAAAUGAAGAAAGCCGAAGAGGAAGAACGAAGGAAGAAAUGCGAGGAAGAUAAGGUAUUGAAAGAGUGUGACGAAUUCGAUAAGAAAGAGAAAGCUGCCGAAGCAGAGGAAAAAAAGAAGAAGCCCAAAUAAACUAACCAAAUAUCCCUAAAAAUAUUCUUAAAGGAGGAACAGGAGGAAUAGACAGGUGGACAACUGCGCUUUUGAGAACCCCAGAUUAUCAUUGCUUGCCCAGGGAAAGGCUUAAAGGACCACGGCGGUCGUCAAGGCCGCUUGUCCUUCAGUUGAUGCAGCGGAUUUCCUACGCCAGGAUUCAUUUGCCUAGUUAUAUGAUUCCAGACUUUCAGAACGGGUAAUCGACUGUAGCAACUGGGCUAUCGUCCUUGCCACCGUCACCGUGGUCUUGGUCAAUUCGAACGACAACAAUGGAAAGUUAUGGAAGUUGUGAAAAGCGUGUGGUACAUA